AUGUCCUAUCACACCACCCGCAAGCCCUUUUCACAAUCUCUGCUCGACCAAGCACAAGCCGCCGGACUGUCCACAACAACACCCAGAACCAAGAUGAGCCGCCGUACGCCCAUAGAAUCCCAACGAGUCGAUGCACCACUCACCCAGUCGGCAACGUUCCUCGUCCUCUCUGUGACUGAUAAGCCCGAUGCCGUUCAGACGGUGCGGUCGACGCUGGCCAGCGUUGACGAUCUGUCCAAGAACGUUGCUAUUCGCGAUCUGGACGCCGCCUUUGCGUGCACCGUUGGCAUAGGUAGCAAUAUCUGGGACCGUCUCCUCCAGGGGGUUCCCAGACCGGCUGAGCUGCAUCCGUUCCCAACCAUUUCUGGCAAAGUCCACACGGCUGUUUCCACGCCCGGGGACCUGUUGUUUCACAUCCGGGCACAGCGGCGUGAUCUGUGCUUCGAGUUCGAGCGCCAGUUGAUGGAUAAAUUGGGCGAUAGUGUCAAGGUCGAGGAUGACACCGUUGGCUUCCGCUACUUUGACGUCCGCGAUCUCCUGGGCUUCGUGGACGGCACGGCAAACCCUGUAGGCGCCUCUGUCGAUGAGUCAGUUCUGGUGACGGAGGUGGACGACGCCGGCUCUGCGGGCGGCAGCUACGUUGUCGUUCAGAAGUACGUGCACGACUUGAAGAGGUGGCGAGGCCUGUCUACAGAGCAGCAGGAAGCGAUCAUUGGGCGCACGAAGCUCGACAACAUCGAGCUGGACGACGUAGCUGAGGACAAACAAAAGGCGCACAAGCAACUAGCCAACAUCACGGGCGAUGACGGGUCUGAGAUGCAGAUCUUGAGGGACAACAUGCCCUUUGGCGAACCGGGGAAAGGGGAAUUUGGCACCUAUUUUAUCGGGUAUUCGAGGAAGCUGUGGGUGAUUGAGCAGAUGCUGGACCGCAUGUUUGUCGGUUCGCCACCUGGCUUGCAUGAUCGCAUUCUGGACUACUCGACGCCGUUGACGGGGACGACCUUUUUCGUGCCCAGUGCAACUCUAUUGGGGAGUCUUGGAGAUUAA